GCUCCGGCCUGGGCGCUGGCUCCAUGACGUCCCUGGCACGAUGGCGUCGGAUGGAAGUAGCAGAGCUUUGGAACAGAAGAGGAAAAAGCGUCGGGAGUUGGAAGAGGCCGCGGUCGGGGGAGAGGAACCGCCUCUUGUAGUGGCAGUGGCUCGAGAGAAGGAAGAAGAAGAUGAAGAGCGGUGGGUCGGACCUCUGCCUGUGGAGGCGGUCCAGGCUAAGAAGCGCAAAGUUCUUGAAUUUGAACGAGUAUACCUUGAAAAUCUUCCCAGUGCUUCCAUGUAUGAACGCAGUUACAUGCAUAGAGAUGUUAUUACACAUGUCGUAUGCACCAAAACUGAUUUUAUUAUUACUGCUAGUCAUGAUGGACAUGUCAAAUUCUGGAAGAAAGUAGAAGAAGGAAUUGAAUUUGUUAAACAUUUUCGUAGUCAUCUGGGGAUCAUUGAGAGUAUUGCAGUCAGCUCUGAAGGAGCUUUAUUCUGUUCUGUGGGUGAUGACAAAGCAAUGAAAGUAUUUGAUGUGGUGAACUUUGAUAUGAUCAACAUGCUGAAACUUGGCUAUUUUCCUGGACAGUGUGAGUGGAUUUAUUGCCCAGGAGAUGCUAUAUCUUCUGUUGCUGCUUCUGAGAAGAGCACAGGAAAAAUAUUCAUCUAUGAUGGUCGAGGAGAUAAUAAACCACUUCAUAUUUUUGACAAACUCCAUACAUCACCCCUUACUCAGAUACGAUUAAAUCCAGUUUACAAAGCUGUAGUGUCUUCUGAUAAAUCUGGAAUGAUUGAAUAUUGGACUGGACCUCCCCAUGAAUAUAAAUUCCCAAAAAAUGUCAAUUGGGAGUAUAAAACUGAUACAGAUUUAUAUGAAUUUGCAAAAUGUAAGGCUUAUCCUACUAGUAUAUGUUUCUCACCUGAUGGAAAGAAGAUAGCUACUAUUGGUUCAGAUAGAAAAGUUAGGAUUUUCAGGUUUUUGACUGGAAAGCUCAUGAGAGUCUUUGAUGAAUCACUAAGUAUGUUUACUGAGCUACAGCAGAUGCGACAACAACUACCAGACAUGGAAUUUGGACGGCGGAUGGCUGUGGAGCGUGAAUUGGAGAAGGUGGAUGCAGUGAGGCUAAUUAACAUAAUUUUUGAUGAAACUGGGCACUUUGUACUUUAUGGAACAAUGCUGGGCAUUAAAGUCAUAAAUGUAGAAACAAACCGGUGUGUGCGUAUUCUUGGCAAGCAAGAAAAUAUUAGGGUGAUGCAAUUGGCUUUGUUCCAAGGAGUAGCCAAGAAGCAUCUCUCUGCAACCACUAUAGAGAUGAAAGCAUCUGAAAACCCUGUUCUUCAGAAUAUCCAAGCUGACCCAACAAUAAUAUGUACAUCUUUCAAAAAGAAUAGAUUUUAUAUGUUCACCAAGCGAGAACCAGAAGAUACAAAAAGUGCAGAUUCUGACCGAGAUGUGUUUAAUGAGAAACCAUCUAAAGAAGAGGUGAUGGCAGCCACACAAGCUGAAGGACCCAAAAGAGUUUCUGAUAGUGCCAUUAUCCAUACAAGCAUGGGAGAUAUUCACAUCAAGCUUUUUCCUGUUGAGUGUCCUAAAACAGUGGAAAACUUUUGUGUCCAUAGCAGAAAUGGUUAUUACAAUGGGCACACAUUUCACCGUAUUAUCAAGGGUUUCAUGAUUCAAACUGGUGAUCCAACAGGUACAGGUAUGGGAGGUGAAAGCAUAUGGGGAGGAGAAUUUGAAGAUGAAUUUCAUUCAACAUUGAGACACGACAGACCAUAUACACUUAGUAUGGCUAACGCGGGUGCCAAUACAAAUGGAUCCCAAUUCUUCAUAACAGUGGUGCCAACUCCUUGGCUUGACAACAAGCACACGGUAUUUGGACGAGUAACAAAAGGAAUGGAAGUUGUCCAGAGAAUUUCCAAUGUCAAAGUCAAUCCAAAAACAGAUAAACCUUAUGAAGAUAUCAGCAUCAUUAAUAUUACUGUCAAGUAAAACCAGAUUUUCAAGUUAUCAGCAUCAUUAACAUUACUGUCAAGUAAAACCAGAUUUUCAAGUCCAUAUUGAGAGUAUGUACAUCAGUCAGUGAAAGAUAAAAAAUUUAAAAAUGUAAAGCUCCAGGACUGAAUAACCUUCUAAGUUAAUCAUGUAACUUAAGUAUCCAAAAGUAUAUUUUUGUAUUUUAUUAAAAGUGAUUUAAGAUA